AUGGCUCCGACUAAAAAAAGAACUAACACCAAGCAAAGGAAAAAGGACCCCAAAUUAAAGGCGAAACUCGAAGCGUUUCUGGAGGAUUUCGACAGUGAAGUGAAGACUAGACUUGGACAGCUGCAAGAACUAAAGAGCCAAAUGUUAAAAGAUGUUGAAAACAGCUAUAAUCUGGCUCUCAUUAAGAUCCCAUCUUCUGUGAAGAAAAUGAACUGGAUGGCAUGUUUCGGCCUUGAUAAAGGCCCGCAGGUAAAUGACGGAAAGUCACAGAAUGAAGAGGAUGCUCCAGUCAUUGAGAAUGCUGAUGACCACGCAGUUGUCAUGAAAGCAGUCAAAAUGUCCAAAAAGAAGAGUACAGCCAAAUCCACGUCAAAUGAUGAAACCGUCCCCAGAACUUUGAGGAAGGGGAGAACCGCAAAGAAGCCCCCAACGACGUCAAAACGUGCCAGAGGAAACUCUACAAUAAGAAGAUCGUCAAGGACUGCCAUGGUGACUCCCGCCAGGGCUUUGUUGAACGCAUCCAUAAUAGGCCAGACUCCCCUUAUCACGCCACGAUUUGACCCGAGGCUACCCAAGACUCCAGCUGUGCGAGGUCCUCGCCACAAGGAGCGAGUCUUCAGCAUUUCCGCAAACGGCUCCCCCAUCUCGGCAGCCGACGGAGAAGUUGUCUUAAAUGUCCCGGUUGGCAACGGCGAGAGUAUUCAGCUGCUGGCCAGUCAGCUGGAUUCAGUCGAUCUGUCCUUGCUGGACCAAACUGCUUUGAAAAGCAUUCGCCAAUUGCAGGAUGACCGGGAUCAGCGGCCUUCAUGUAAAUAUCCCCCGGUGACGGCAGUUGAGAACAAAGAAGGAGCCUAUCUGGGGUACUCUGUGUCCUCCCAUCGUGAGGCAACGCCGCCGAACGAGGCCUUCGACCCCCGCGGCGUCCCGAGGGACGAACGUCUGUCGGCGUGA